AGGAUGACGGGAGUUAAAGGAUGCUUAAAUACCGUGACCAGGUUGCUCUGGGCAGCUGCUGAGCUGAUUCCUGGCAACAUGAAGGCUCUCCUUGCCCUGGGGUUCCUUUUGCUAUCUGUCACUGUCCAGGCCAUGGUCUAUGAACGCUGUAAGUUCGCCAGAACUCUGAAAAGUCAUGGAAUGGAUGGCUACCUGGGAAUCAGCCUGGCAAACUGGGUGUGUUUGGCUGAGCAUGAGAGUGGCUUUAACACAAGAGCCACAAACUACAACCCUGGACCCCGAAGCACCGACUAUGGGAUAUUUCAGAUCAACAGCAAAUACUGGUGUAAUGAUGGCAAAACCCCAGGAGCAGUGAAUGCCUGUGGGAUAUCUUGCAGCGCUUUGCUCCAGGAUGACAUCACUCAAGCCAUACAAUGUGCAAAGAGGGUUGUGAGGGAUCCACAAGGCAUUAGAGCAUGGGUGGCAUGGAAAACUCACUGUCAAAACCGAGAUCUCAGCCAGUAUGUUCGGAACUGCGGAGUCUAAUGCUGUUUGCUUUCACUUCAGCUUAAUCUGUCUCUUUCUUGCUAUAGAAGUAGGUACAGGAAAAGUCACAAAUCUUUGAAUUCCCAUUCAGAAAAGUAGGAUUUAAACAGAAACAGGGGCAAAAUUAAGACUGUUUCCUAAGAGGCUUCAUGCUGACUAAUGUCAUCAUUGUUCAAAGUAAAGCCAUAAUUUUUUGGUUAAUCAAGGCAGCAGAUGCUGGGGACAGUGGUCCAGCACUUUGACCCUCACACACAUCUCUAUCCAUCAGUUCUUCACUUAUGAUGUAAUUCACAUUCAGUUUCAUCUGAAUUAAUCUCUAUAUUCCCCUGGGUGGAUAGACAUACAGCAAAUAUUUACAGGAGGCAGUAGAUCUUGGAGAAAAUGGAAGUUGUAUGAGAUCCCAGGCCUUGUGUGUGGGCUCAGCAACUAGGCAGAUAGAACAGCCACUGUGUGGGGCAAGGUGUGUUUGUAAGGAAACAGAACUCUGAGUGGAUAGACCUGUGACCCCUCAACUCAGAAACUUGUUGUCAUGACAUGUGUGACGUUCAUAAAACUAUGUUCUUAGAGUUGUCCCAAUUAUACUGCUUAAAAAGUAAAUCUUCAGCUCAUGUCAAAGUCUGUUUUAAUCCCUGGUAGAAUGUUCCCAUGCCUCUUUCAGACCAUGAGGCGGUCAGGACAGAUUAAUGACUGUGCUACUCUUAACUUUCUUAUAGUAGCUUCUUGCAUAGGAACCGGCUCUGAGACAGAGGAGCUCGAUUCAGCAAAACUAAGCGCAUUGUGAAAAACUACAAAAAGACAUUAAAUGAUUUUCAUUGCA